AUGGCAUCUCUGGGCGAAGACCUCUUGGGGAUAGUCAACAAGUUGCAAGACCUUGUUUUUAACACUAUUGGCAAUGAUAGCUUGGAUCUGCCGCAGAUUGUCGUCGUGGGGUCUCAGUCGUCCGGGAAGUCCUCAGUUCUCGAGAAUAUAGUCGGCAGAGACUUCCUGCCCCGUGGAAGUGGUAUCGUUACUCGAAGACCGCUCAUUUUGCAGCUCAUCAACAUCCCCUCCGAGGAAGACGACGCCCCCGAAGCGCACACAGCCGCGGCCGUAGCAACACAGCCAGAAUGGGCAGAAUUCCACCACAUACCGAAUCGCAGGUUCACGGAAUUCCAAGACGUCAAGCGAGAAAUUGAGAACGAGACGGCGAGGAUUGCGGGAAGCAACAAGGGCAUAAAUCGGUCGCCCAUAAAUCUCAAAAUUUACUCUCCGCACGUCCUCAGUCUGACUUUGGUUGAUCUGCCAGGUCUAACAAAGGUACCGAUCGGCGAUCAACCAACAGAUAUCGAGAAGCAGACUCGCAACCUUAUCUCUGAGUAUAUCGCAAAACCCAACAGCAUAAUUUUAGCCGUUUCCCCCGCGAACGUCGAUAUUGUCAAUUCGGAGGCUCUGAAACUCGCCCGCCAUGUUGACCCACUGGGACGGAGGACAAUCGGGGUUCUCACCAAGAUUGAUCUGAUGGACCAUGGAACGAAUGCCCUUGAUAUCCUCUCUGGGAGGGUAUAUCCACUGAAGCUUGGAUUUAUUGGUGUUGUGAACCGCUCGCAACAAGACAUCCAGGGAAACAAGUCCCUCGCGGAGGCCCUUAAAUCAGAAUCAGACUUCUUCAAGCAUCAUCCCGCAUACCGCAACAUGGCAAAUCGAUGUGGCACUCAAUUCUUGGCGAAAAGCCUCAACACGACCCUGAUGGCACACAUCCGAGAACGCCUUCCAGACAUCAAGGCACGACUCAAUACAUUGAUGGGACAAUGCCAGCAAGAACUUGCCAGCUACGGAGAUAUGCAUUUCAGUGGAAAGGAGCACAGAGGAUCUCUGGUGCUUCAAUUAAUGACUCGAUUCGCGACUUCUUUCAUAUCUUCCAUUGAUGGAACAUCAACAGAGAUUUCGACCAAGGAGCUUUGUGGUGGUGCCAGGAUAUACUACAUUUUUAACUCGGUAUUCGGAAACUCUCUGGAGACCAUUGAUCCUACGACAAAUCUCUCCGCUCUGGACAUUCGAACAGCAAUUCGAAACUCUACUGGACCUCGACCGAGUCUAUUCGUACCCGAACUAGCAUUCGAUCUCUUGGUGAAGCCACAGAUCAAACUCCUAGAGAUUCCCAGUCAACGAUGUGUUGAACUCGUCUACGAAGAACUUAUCAAGAUUUGCCAUACCUGUGGCUCUACGGAGCUGACCCGAUUCCCUCGGCUCCAAGCUAAGCUUAUCGAGGUAGUCUCAGACCUUCUCCGCGAAAGACUGGGUCCUUCUUCAUCUUAUGUCGAAUCUUUGAUCUCGAUACAGCGGGCUUACAUCAAUACUAACCAUCCUAAUUUCCUCGGUGCGGCAGCUGCGAUGAGCAAUGUUGUGACUAAUAAGCAAGAAAAGGAAAGGAAAAGACUUCUCCAGGAGGAACGGGAGAGACGGGAUCGACGACGCCAGAAGGAACUUGGAACAAAUGGCACUGACACGCCAGAGGAUCAAGAAGAGGGCGAGGAUAAAAUUGAGAAUCUACCUCAAAGGAAGAUGCUGCACAAGGGUGGUCGAAGCAUGUCUCCCGCGAUCCGAGAAAACGGAACGGGAGGCAUUGCAGCUACGAUGAACGGUAUGAGACCUGGCUCGCCGCCUAGAUUCAAUGGGCAAGCCGUAGGCGGUGCCCGGGACUCCUUCUUGAACUACUUUUUCGGCAAAGACGGAGCUAUGCCAGCAGGUGGGGUAGGUCCUGGGCAAGGAUCUUCAUCGGUCCAGAACCCAAAUCUCGGUCGGCAUGUCAGUCAAAGCGCCGAACCAAGCUUUAGCCAAAGUAUCCGCAGGCAGGAAGAGCGCCAAGUUCCAAGAACUCCGGCCCAGCAAUUACGAGAGGACGACUACGAGCUAGGCAGAGCGCAGAGGGAUUACGACUACAACUCACCAUUUGGAAACAAUAGCGAGCCAGCUCUGACGGACCGCGAGGCUAUGGAGACGGAGCUUAUCCGAGCAUUAAUCUCGUCGUACUUCAACAUUGUACGAGAGUCGAUAGCGGAUCAAGUUCCCAAAGCAGUUAUGCAUCUUCUAGUGAACCAUUCCAAGGAUGUCGUACAGAAUCGAUUGGUCAGCGAGCUCUACAAGGAGGAUCUCUUCGAAGAGCUCUUGUAUGAAGACGAUGCGGUCAAGAAAGAGCGCGAGAAGUGCGAGAAGCUGCUCAAGACCUACAGAGAGGCAGCUAAGAUCGUUGGCGAGGUAGGAAUAUAG